AUGGAGACAUGGUUGAUCAUCAUAGUUUCACUUUGCUCCUCACUACUAGUUAAGCCCUUGCUUAUUUUUCUUACAUCAAUAUUCAACACCAUUGUUAAAACCAUAAAUCAUCUCCCUCUUCCACCAGGACCCACCAUAUCUCCCUUUACUCUUAUGUGGAAGUACUCAUCCUUACAUGGGCCGGUUCCUCUAGUAAAGCGCCUUCGUUUUAAUUUUGGCCCAAUAUUAACCUUAUGGGUGGGUUCUCGUCCAACCAUUUGGUUAACCGAUCCAUCUUUAGCCCACGAAAUACUCGUUAAAAAUGGUGCUAACACGGCUGAUAUGUUAAUGUCACAUCCUACCCAUAUUAUAUUCAAUAGCAACCAACAUACUGUAAGCUCCGCGGCGUAUGGGCCUACUUGGCGAGCCUUACGCCGCAACUUGGCCACCCACUUUUUGAGCCCAGCCCAUAUUAAAUCCUUUUCUACUGUCCGUAAAUGGGCUGUGGAAAUCCUUAUUCACAACCUUGAGGCCCGUUCUAAAAAUGGGAGCCCAAUCCAAGUUCGAGAACAUUUCCUUCAAUCCAUUUUCCACCUACAAUUUGCAAUGUGUUUUGGUCUUCUUUUGAAUGAAGCCCAAAUCAAAGAGGUACAAUCAAUCAGUAGGCGAAUAUUAUUGGGCUUGCCGAGUAGGAAGUUCAAUAUCCUCAGUGCAUGCAUGGCCUAA